CUCCCACCCUCGGCCAGCGGGGGGCGGUAAAGGCGCAGACAGGCCCUGUUCAGGAAGCGCUCCGGGGGCUCAUCCACGGUACAAUGGCGCCUCUGGACCUGGAUAAAUAUGCGGAGAUCGCAAAGCAGUGUAAAUACCUCCCAGAGAACGACCUCAAGAGAUUAUGCGACUAUGUGUGUGACCUAUUGCUGGAAGAAUCCAACGUCCAGCCCGUGUCCACCCCCGUCACAGUAUGUGGGGACAUCCACGGACAGUUCUAUGACCUCUGUGAGCUCUUCAGGACAGGCGGUCAGGUCCCAGACACAAACUACAUCUUCAUGGGGGACUUCGUGGACCGGGGGUAUUACAGUCUGGAGACGUUCACAUACCUGCUGGUCCUGAAAGCCAAGUGGCCGGACCGCAUCACCCUACUCCGGGGGAACCACGAGAGCCGGCAGAUCACACAGGUGUACGGCUUCUAUGAUGAAUGCCAAACCAAAUAUGGAAAUGCCAACGCCUGGAGAUACUGUACCAAAGUAUUCGACAUGUUGACAGUUGCUGCACUGAUGGAUGAGCAAGUGUUGUGUGUACACGGUGGUCUAUCGCCUGACAUCAAAACGUUGGACCAGAUCCGGACCAUCGAAAGGAACCAGGAGAUCCCCCACAAGGGGGCGUUCUGUGACCUGGUGUGGUCCGACCCGGAGGACGUGGACACCUGGGCCAUCAGUCCAAGAGGCGCCGGCUGGCUGUUUGGGGCGAAGGUCACCAACGAGUUUGUCCACAUCAACAACCUGAAGCUGAUCUGCAGGGCCCACCAGCUGGUCCACGAGGGCUACAAGUUCAUGUUUGAUGAGAAGCUGGUGACGGUGUGGUCCGCCCCCAACUACUGCUACCGCUGUGGGAACAUCGCCUCCAUCAUGGUGUUCAAGGACGCCAGCACCCGGGAGCCCAAGCUGUUCCGCGCCGUCCCUGACUCGGAGCGGGUCAUCCCCCCUCGCACCACCACGCCCUACUUCCUCUGAAGACCCUUAAUGACCCAGACCUCUGAAGACACCUUACUCACCCAGACCUCUGAAGACCCCUCACUGACCCAGACCUAUAAAGACUACCCUCUGACCCAGACCUAUAAAGACCCCUCACUGACCCAGACCUAUAGAGACCCUUCACUGACCCAGACCUAUAAAGUCUACUCGCUGACCCAGACCUAUAAAGACUACUCGGUGACCCAGACCUCUAAAGACCCCUCACUGACCCAGACCUAUAAAGACCCCUCACCGACCAAGACCUUUGAAGACCCCUCACUGACCCAGGCCUAUAAAGACCCCUCAGUGACCCAGACCUAUAAAGACUACUCGCUGACCCAGACCUCUAGAGACCCUUCACUGACCCAGGCCUAUAAAGACCCCUCAGUGACCCAGACCCUAUAGACCCCAAAACCCAGACCAACGGUACUGCCCUCUGUAUGUAGUAUCCUAGACCACCGCAUCUAAGAUGCAUAGCUCUACAUUUGUCUUGUAUUACAUACUGUAGUGUAGUAUAUUACAUACUACAGUAUAUUACUGUAGUAUAUUCCAGUAUAUUACUGCAGUGUAUUCAAUACUGCAUUUUAUUAAAUACUAGUAUAUCAAAUACUGUAGCAUAUUACAUACAUAGUAAAGGUUUAUAAUAUACUACAGUAUAUAUCUGAUACUAAGUAUAUUAGAUAGUAAUUCUACAGUAUAUGACACACUGUAGUAUAUUACAUACUGCUGUAUAUAACAAAUACUACAGGAUAUGACACACUAGUAUAUUGCGUACUGUAGUAUAUUGCAUAUUAAUGCUACAGUAUAUUUCAUAAGUUGGAUCUCUGCAUUUUGUGCCAACUAUGAACAUCAAACUAGCACUGCAAGUAUUUUUACGUAAUUGUCUCCCAAUCUCAAUAUGUUUGAGUCGUCAAUGUAAUUGAUAGGCUCAUUAAAGUGUGUCGCCAAUUGCCAAGGCUAUGUAAAUGUUACAGAGAAACUUCAUUCAAAAGGAAAUAAGACGACCGUUAGUAUAAAAUGAAACAUUACGAAGAGUGGUUGAUAUGUUUAUUAGGUAAUAUAUAAAUAUAAGGUUUUAUUUUAUUUUUGUUAUGGCAAUGUAUUGUUUGUAAAAUAAUGCUGGCUGCACUGCACAAAGCCAAUGAGCUUUUAUUCUGAUGGGCGUAUUGUUUUAGCUGAAUGUACACGUCUGGUAUUGUGUUCUUAUAAAUAAACAUGUCAACCAAA